AAAAAGGAAGAAUCCAGUUUCACGGCGGAAGAUGCAGUUCUGGCAUCUGUUGGCAUCGUGAAGUGCAGCCCUGACCGCGGGCUGCUGAUGUCCGAGAGCAUGCUCCUGGCUCUGGAGGAGCUGAUCCAAGCAUGCUGUGCGGAAGAUGAAGGUGUCCCUGUGGUUCUGGUGUGUGGCCCAAAAAACACUGGUAAAUCGACGUUUAACAGAUACCUAAUCAAUCUGUUACUGAAUCGCCUUCCCUUGGUCGAGUACAUGGAAUGUGACAUAGGUCAGACCGAAUUCACACCGCCUGGAUGUGUAUCUUUAAGUACCAUAACGGAGCCCAUUCUUGGUCCACCGUUCACUCAUCAACAAACGCCACGUAAGAUGGUGUAUUAUGGACAGACGAGUUGUGAGCAGGACACAGAAAGAUACCUUGAUGUCGUGAAGUACGUGUUCAGCUCCUACAAGAAGGAGGUGCCUUUAAUCAUCAACACCAUGGGCUGGGUGAAAGGUGAGGGCUUGCUGCUUCUGAUGGAUAUCAUUCGACUGCUGUCACCCAGUCACAUCGUUCAGAUGGAUGUGUACGACUGGAAAGCCAUGGCUCCACUCACCCCGGAGUACGUUCAUGUCACUCCUGGCCUGUACACCAGAGACAAACAGCAAGCCAAGCGCAAGAAGAUGAGUACGAGUGGAGCAGAUGACUGGAGGUCCUCCGAAGGGGCGGGAGGUGCAUCGACUCCUGAGUACAAGUUGCUCUAUGUCCAUCCAGAGUUCCCUCGAGCAGGGAUUGCGGGUGAAGCGCGAGUGCACAGUGGCAUCCUGCGUGACAUGUCCAUACUGGGCUACCUGGGCCAGCUGCAGUCUCCCGACGUGGGCACAGUGCUUCCGCUGCACAGUCUGGUGCCGUAUCAGGUACCUUUCAACGCUGUCGCGCUCAGGGUUGUUCACACCGACGUUGCUCCAACCAACAUCAUGUAUGCAGUGAACGCCAGCUGGGUCGGGCUCUGCAGGAUACCCGAUGAAGUCAGAUGCCAGACCGACGGGCCGGUCUUGCUGACGCAGACACCGGUCUGCGAUUGCCUCGGCUUCGGAAUUGUCCGAGGAGUUGAGAUGGAGAAGAAGCUUUACCACGUUCUGACGCCGGUGCCUCCAGAGAACCUGAGACUAGUGAAUUGUCUGCUCCUUGGAAACAUUGCUAUCCCAAACUGUGUUCUUGUGGGCCAGCAGGGAGUCGAGGGAGAGAUCCCCUAUGUCACAUCCGACUAUAACUACAGCAUCUUGGGGUCUGGGAAGCUGAAAAAGAAGAAGCAUUUCAAGAGGAGGGAAUACGCGUUCGAGUGCGAUUAUGCCUAAAGCCUUUGGGGCCUGGGACCGUGGGAUGUGUUUUAUAUGGAGACUGGUGGGAGCCAGGUGUGCUCCCAGAGCUCUUGGAGACCCUGGGCAGCUGUCGGUGUAGAUACUACAGCAUAUCUGG